AUGAUUGUUCGAAUUCGAGAAUGGCUAUUCUUCACAAUGGCUCUUUGUGACGCAGCGGAACCAUGGCAAUUAGGAUUUCAAGACGCAGCAACGCCUAUGAUGCAAGGAAUAAUCGACUUACAUCAUGAUAUCUUUUUCUUCCUCAUUCUUAUUUUGGUUUUCGUAUCAUGGAUCUUGGUUCGCGCUUUAUGGCAUUUCCACUAUAAAAAAAAUCCAAUCCCGCAAAGGAUUGUUCAUGGAACUACUAUCGAGAUUAUUCGGGCCAUCUUUCCCAGUAUCAUUCUGAUUACACAACUAAUAUUCUUGCUUUCGGUAGGGGUGGACCCCAUCCUUGUUGCCCCUUGCAGUGGAUCCACUGAGGGGGAUCCGGGUCCUUCCGGGCCUUAUCUACCCGGACAGAUAGGUGCCCAAGCUAGUGGGGCUUCCACUACGGAAGAAGAUCUCUUGGAGCAGUUUCUCAUCCAGGAAGAGGAACUUGCAGAGGGUAGGGUCGGAGGUAUGCCCGACCUACCUAUCUUCAACGUGCAUAACAUUAUGCACGAAAGCUUCUUCUCGCGGGGAACCGCAGGGGGGGAAGAAGCCCAACCCCUUGUGAUCAACUCGUCAACAACCCCAAGCGUAAGUGAACUAUUGGAGAUGGCGGAGGCUCCUACGCGCGAACCCCAAGAAACGCCGCCAUCUCCAAUAGUUCACUGCCUUAACAAGAAGGCAAGAGCACUCCUCGAGACAAAGGAAAAGGUGCUGCGUGAAAUGGACGCGCUGGAUCCAAAAGGCCGUUGGCUGGAUAAAGGGGCCCCCUUCGUCCGCACCAUAAGAACGGGCAAGGACUUCUCAACAAAAAGAGGACUGGAGAUUGUCCUCCAAGACCUUAAGACUCUUGGAAAAGGGAGUCGGUACUUUACUACCUUUUACCAUAGGAAGGGGGAUGCGGCAUGUAGUAGUCACGCGUUUUAG